GUGAUGUUUUCCACAAUGAGGAGGCUCCUCCACCUUUUCAUGACAAUGACGACUUUGACUUUGGAUUGGAUAACAAGAGCAUAAGAAGAGCCUUCAUACGAAAGGUUUACUUGGUGUUAACCGCUCAGCUGUUGGUGACGUUUGGGUUCGUGGCUGUUUUCACCUUUGUGGGUGAAAUCAAGGGCUACGUCAUAAGGAACCUCUGGACCUAUCUUUUAGCCUACGGUGUGUUUCUGGUGUCGGUUUGUGUGAUCAGCUGCUGCGGAAAUGUUCGGCGCCAACACCCCUGGAACCUGGUGGCCCUGUCCAUCCUGACUCUCAGCAUGUCCUACAUGGUGGGCGUGAUCGCCAGCUUCCACGACACAGAGUCUGUGAUCAUGGCAGUGGGGAUCACUGCAGUUGUGUGUUUCACAGUGAUAAUCUUCUCCAUGCAGACCAAAUACGACUUCACUUCUUGUUACGGCGUGCUCUUUGUUUGCUUGAUCGUCCUGAUCCUCUUCAGCAUCCUCUGCAUCAUCUUCCAGAGCAUGGUCCUGCAGAUCGUGUACGCUGGACUGGGAGCGUUACUCUUCACCGUUUUCUUGGCGGUGGACACACAGCUGCUGCUUGGCAACAAGGAACUGGCUCUGAGUCCAGAAGAAUACGUGUUCGCUGCUCUGAACCUCUACACGGACAUCAUAAACAUCUUCCUCUACAUUCUGGCCAUCAUCGGAAGAGCGAGAGGCUGAAGCGGCGUGCGGCUGUUCCGGCUGAAGAGUUUCUAUAAUCAGAGUUUUUGAUGUUUUGCUUUGCUGCUCGUCCUGAUCGUGUGGUUCAAGGUUGCUUUCGCUUCAUCUCAUGUAAACACUUCAAUUUUUAAAAUGACUUAAGUAGCUGCUGUAAGAGGUGAUUUUGUUGAUUCCUGAAGUGUUUAACCUGUAAUAAGACUGUAUUUUGGUAAAUAAAGUUGUAUGUUAUACUGUACAAAGUAGUGAAGAAUUGUGAUCAGGCGGUACCAGCGUUUGGUAGACUUGCACCUUUUUUUCCCCUGAGCCUUUUCGUUCAGUAGGUCAGCUUAAUGUGACUCGCAUGCUCAUUAACACAAUCUGUUCUCGUGUUUAACACGUUUGAUUUGUCUGAACUUUGGAACAAUCAAAUUGUAAAAUGAGCCUCUUUUGUCAAAUCGUUUUUUUUUUUUCAUAACAAAACAAGCCAGUAGGAGUGAGAAGGGCUAAAACAGUCUGUAAGACGAGUAAAACUACAGUCACCGUUAAAACAUUUUUUUAAAGUGAUCCUUGUGUCGUUUCCUCUCUUUGUGUCAAAGUUUCAACACUUUUCACUUUACCGUU